GGUUAUCCCGGGAACGUUAGUUCUGCACCAAACUCGUCGCUGCCACCAACCCCGUCCCUCUCGCUGCUCUCUCCACCUCCGCAUUAGAGCUAGUCUCCCUCUAUUCGAUCGCAAGAUCCCCUGGAUUCUUUAUCGACGUGCUCUUUGAUCCACUCCCCUGCUCGCUUCAACCCCUUCCUCCUCGCCGUUGCGCUUGGUUUGGCCAUCUUUGCAGCCCGAUAGAUCGCCGUCUACGGUUGGCAAAGCACAGGAAAGUGAGUUUUUUGUGGGUUGCUGGAGUGACCUUGCUGCGGGAACGAACAAAGGUGGGAUCUUUUUGAGGUUCUCGGUCGAGUCCCUUGUUCUCAUCGACGCGAGGAAUCGACUUGAUCGCCCCUUGUUGCCUUCCGCUGGUUCCUCCGCCUCUCCGUAUCCUAAAGGUCGGAUCUCGGCAUCAAUCCCUAGAGGCCGCGUCGCUCUUCGACAUGAUCUCCUCCGUGAAACAAUCCUCGGCGGCGAUCGGCGUUGCCGAUCUCGUCGGGCGUAAAUCCCCGUCUCUCAGACCUCGGAUCGCCUCCGUUGCUCCCUUGUCUGCCAUCAGAAGUCCUAGUUUAUCGCUUCUCACUCGAAAACCCCUUUACCUUGCAUCUCCGGAGGGGUUUGUUUUUGGCUUCCGCGAUGGGAUCGUGUCGGCUGCGAAGCCUCGGGGUCUCGCUUUCAAGUGCGAGGCUUACGAGGCCGAUGGAUCGGAGAGCGUCGAGGUUUCCCAUCAGGAGUCUCGUUCGGCCACUGCCCAGAAAGUAAAGAUCGGCAUCUACUUCGCCACCUGGUGGGCGCUCAACGUGGUGUUCAACAUCUACAACAAGAAGGUCCUCAACGCCUUCCCUUACCCCUGGCUCACCUCCACCCUCUCCCUGGCCACGGGUUCGCUUAUGAUGCUCAUCUCCUGGGCCACCAGAAUCGCCGAGGCCCCCAAGACCGACUUCAAUUUCUGGAAAGCCCUUGCACCGGUGGCGGUGGCUCAUACGAUCGGGCAUGUGGCGGCCACCGUGAGCAUGUCGAAGGUGGCAGUGUCAUUCACCCACAUAAUCAAGAGCGGGGAGCCUGCUUUCAGCGUGUUGGUGUCGAGGUUUCUGUUGGGGGAGACUUUCCCUGUGCCUGUAUAUCUAUCGCUGUUGCCGAUCAUCGGUGGAUGUGCUCUGGCUGCAGUCACAGAACUGAACUUCAACAUGACUGGUUUUAUGGGUGCAAUGAUAUCAAACGUUGCAUUUGUCUUUCGCAAUAUUUUCUCCAAGAGGGGGAUGAAGGGCACAUCAGUUAGCGGGAUGAACUAUUAUGCCUGUCUUUCUAUGCUGUCUCUGUUGAUACUCACACCAUUUGCCAUCGCGAUCGAGGGCCCCCAGAUGUGGGCUGCUGGCUGGCAGACUGCAAUUUCACAGAUUGGUCCCCAUUUCAUCUGGUGGGUAGCUGCUCAGAGUGUCUUCUACCAUCUGUACAACCAAGUCUCCUACAUGUCUUUGGAUGAAAUCUCUCCCUUGACAUUUAGCAUUGGCAAUACUAUGAAACGGAUAUCUGUCAUCGUCUCUUCCAUCAUAAUCUUCCAUACUCCUGUCCAGCCCAUCAAUGCACUUGGAGCUGCCAUUGCUAUCCUAGGAACUUUCCUCUACUCCCAGGCCAAGCAGUAAAGGGGGGAUUCGAGAGAGACGUAACAAGAUCAGUUUUUACAUAUGUUCUUCAUAUAUGCAUGGCCAUGCAACAACAGUAAUUAGAUGUCGCCAAGUAGAUUAUUUUGGUUGAGUUCAACAGCAGGUUCCUGUUGUUGAUGACACUAGAAAUAUACCAUGAUUUGUCGACUGGACAUAGAAUAAUGUUUCUUGUUUUUGUCUGCAUUUGCAUGGUCAUUAUGCAGAAAGAGAGACUGUUGAAGUGCUUCUUUUACUUGUCGCAGAAUAAUGGUUUCAAGUUUAUCGCUAAGUUUUAUUAGUAAUCAAACAGUUUUACUUGAAA